AUGAAAGCAUCUUUACAACGGAGUAGAAAGCCAGCUGAUCGAGUACUGUGGUUGAAUCGACCAUUUAAAAAUGCAAGACUCAACAGCAGUUGUUCUGCCACUCCAACAACAUUUCCAGUGGAGGAUUCUUCCCGAGUGCUAAGACACCUCGAGUUCACGAAACCACUGUCGUUUGAAAAGGGCAUCAGAAUCCAAGAGAACUUUGUUAGAGCCCAGCUGGACAUGAAGCAUCUACAAUCUAAGAUAGAUAGAAAAUUGAAUCAAUUGGAAACCGAGCAUCCGGGAACAACUAUAAAUCAGCAUGAACAAUGGAUUCUGAAAAAUAUCACAGACAUGAAACCUCACCCGAUAGCUUUGACUUUCGAAUUUGAGCCUACGUAUACGGGUGGAAAACGUAGCAAAAAAGCUGUUACUCUGGAAGACAUCGCCCGAUUCGAAAACUUCGUGCCACAGCAGCAGCACCAUGCAAACCAGAAACGUCCAAAAUUCGUUCAAGUGGAAAGAGGUGGCCAAGUGACUUUCCAUGGUCCUGGACAAGUAGUAGCAUAUUUGAUUUUGGAUUUGAAAUCAUUCAACAAAUUCCCCGCAAAAUGUCUAGUGUCAGCCAUCGAAGAUUCGACAAUAAGUGCGUUGAACAAAAUUCCAGACGGUAACAGAAAGGCUCCCCUGGGCAUUGAGGCAAGUAAAGCUACGGAAACGGGCGUUUGGAUAAACGAGCAAGAAAAAAUCGCAAGCAUAGGAAUCCACGUUAGAAGAUCUAUCACGUCUCAUGGAGUGUGUAUUAAUGUGGACCCCGAUUUAUCGUAUAUGAACUCUUUCGUUAUGUGCGGACUGCAAGGCACAAGGGCAACUUCGAUACGCGAGCAGCAGCCUGAAAGUAAUUGCACCACCCAUGAUGUAGCAGUGGGAUUUGUUAACGAGCUGGCCAAGAAAUUAGGGAUCACAACUGUAGAGCGUAUUCAAUUAGAUGAUAUAGAACUGGACUAA